CAAAAGGGAGACUUUAAAAAAGUCACUCUGCUAUCCCUAUCACUUGCCAGCCACUGGGCACUCUGCUAACACCCCUCCCUCUCUCUCUUCCUCUCUCUCUCUGUCUCCCCCCCCACCAAAGAAAAAAACUGAAGGGAGGUGUCAGCAGCUGAAUCAAGGAGGAUACUAUCUCAGCAGCAGAAGCACAAGGCAGUUUUGAUGCAAAGGAUUUGAAACCAGGGGUAACUUGCUGCAACUCAGAGGGUCCUGACUACCCCCUCCACCAUCACCACCACUAAACAGUGCAAGUACCUGGAGCACCCUCUGCAUUUCCACAAAAAAAGGGACUUUGCUGCUUUUAUUUUUAUUUUAUUGUUUUGCCUAGUUUUGGGGGCAUUUUUGAGACCUCUGCCAUUCUUCCUGGUAGUCAGCCUGGCACACAGCUGUGAUGACCCUGUCUGGUACCAGCUGUGCCAGUAACAUGUCCGGGCAGACCGUGCUGAGCGCUGAAGACGUGGACAUUGACGUGGUGGGUGAAGAAGAUGAAUCCCUGGAGAAGGACAGUGACUGUGAGAGCCACCACGGGCCCCUGGAGGAGGUGGAGGACCUAGUGGUGGGCAAGGAACUCUCCAGGAGCCCCUCAGAGAGUGCCAACGAGGCAGAGGGCAAAGGAGACCUCCAGGAGGGCAGUGGUGCGGGUGCCCUGCAGAGCAAACCCAAAAGCAGCCUGGUGAAGCCCCCUUACUCCUACAUAGCCCUGAUCACCAUGGCAAUUCUGCAAAGCCCCCAGAAAAAGCUGACCCUCAGUGGGAUCUGUGAAUUCAUCAGCAACCGCUUUCCCUAUUACAGAGAGAAGUUCCCAGCCUGGCAGAACUCCAUCAGGCACAAUCUCUCCCUAAAUGACUGCUUUGUCAAGAUCCCCAGGGAGCCUGGCAACCCUGGCAAGGGCAACUACUGGACCCUGGACCCACAGUCUGAAGAUAUGUUUGACAAUGGAAGCUUCCUCAGGAGAAGAAAAAGAUUUAAAAGGCAUCAGCCGGACAACCUCAGGGAGCAGACUGCACUAAUGAUGCAGAGUUUUGGGGCUUACAGUCUGGCUAGCCCCUAUGGACGUCACUAUGGACUUCACCCUGCAGCCUACCACCACCAUGCUGCUUUGCAGUAUCCCUACAUCCCCCCAGUGGGGCCAAUGCUUCCCCCAACUGUACCCUUGUUGCCUUCCAGUGAACUCAGCAGGAAAGCAUUCAACUCUCAGCUCAGCCCCAGCCUGCAGCUACAGCUCAACAGCCUCAGCACAGCAGCGUCUAUCAUCAAGUCUGAACCCAGCAGUAGACCUUCUUUUAGCAUAGAAAACAUAAUUGGGGUCUCUGCAGCCUCUAGUGCUGCUGCACAGACUUUCCUGAGACCCCCAGUGACAGUCCAGUCUGCACUGAUGAGCCAUCAACCUCUCUCUAUAAGUAGAAGUACAGCUGCCAUCACCCCAAUUUUAAGUGUCCCCACAAAUCUUAUAUCAGGACAGUUCUUACCCACAGUAGCUAAAUGGCCGGCUCAAUAAUGAGUGGUGGGGACACACAUACUCACAGACUAUGAACUUAACACUUCACAGGAACACAACUGAAAAAGGACUCUGAUCUGAACUGUAGUGUAAAACUGUAUAAAUCUGGAAGGCUCUUUGUGCAGGUAAAAAAUAUAUAUAUUCAAAAACAAUAUAGCAAAAAAAAUGAACAAGACAAUUAAAUUUGUACAUAUUUGUAUUGGAAAAGAUAUGAAAAUCAUCAGUUUUACUUUCUGGGUUUUUAUUUUUUUAAGAAAAAAAAAUGUAGGACAGAGCAUUGAGCUUUCAUUUUUUUGAAGGUUCUCGCCUUUAUCGUUUAAUGUACUAUUACUACAAGAAAGGACGUUUGGGGAAAAAAAAAAAAAAAAAAUAGUACAUUUUCCAAAAACAAAUAAAAUGAAAUUUUAAAAAAUAAAUAAAUGAAAAAAAAAAUUAAAAUUGGAGGAAAAUGCUGUCAUUCUAUGAAAAUAAAAAGUCUGUUUAUAUAUGAAUGGAUAUAUAUAUAUGUAUACUAAAUGUCACUUCAUUGUGC